AUGAUCAGCAUGAAUGUUGGGACCUCAGUCAAUGAAGUCUUCUUAUAUCUUUGGGGAUUUUAUUUGUCUCCAAGGAGCACUGGAUGGAAGGGUUUCUUGCAGCAUUUUGGAGUUUGCUGCAUAGUUGGUUUCAUCUCAACUGUGCUCUUAUAUCUUGGCUUGUAUUGGUUCCUGUCAUCUUCAGCAAUCUUCUUCAUUCCUUUCUGGAUUAUUAUGUCAAUCCUACUGUGUUGGUCCAAGCACAUACGCUGCUUUGCUAUUCUCUUCUUUCUCUCUUGUGGAUUACGUGAAGGAAGAAAUGCUCUCAUUGCUGCUGGAACAGGGAUUGUGACAUUUGGCCACGUGAAAAAUAUCUUCCAUAACCUGAAAGGCCUGUUGGAAGGGAUAACCUGCAACCUCAGUGUCAAAAGCUUUGCCAUCCAUUUUCCUCUCUUGAACAAAUACAUCGAAGCAAUUCAGUGGCUUUAUAGUCUUGUCACAGGGAUCAGUCUGUUUGAAGAGAUUGUCUCUUGGAAUCACACCUUGGCCAUGUCUGUUCUCAGUCCCAGCAAAGCCUUUGAGAUUAGGCUAAAUGACACCAAAGGAGAAAUUCUAAGUGUGAUAGACUAUGUAACCACUGUCUCAGAGGUGAUAUCUUCUCUGGGCCAAGGGCUAUUGACCAUUGCUGGGUUUGUUCUUGUCCUACUUAGCACAGGACUCUUCAUGAAACGCUUUUUGGGCCCUCAUAGUCAUAGAUUUGAAAAUAUCUACAUCACCAGGCAUUUCAUUCAUUUUGAUGAAAGUGAAAGGCAUCAAAAAAGACCCUGUGUCCUUCCACUUAAUAAGCAGGAAAGAAAGAAAUACAUCAUCAUCCCUUCCUUCUGCUUGGCUCCUAAAGAAAAGAGGAGCCUUGGACUUUUUUUUCUCCCCAUACUGACUAAUCUCUAUGUGUGGGCCAUGUUUGCAGCCAUGGAUUAUGGGCUGUAUCAGCUCAUUUCUUCAGUUAACAAACAUCUCCAGAAUUUGCCAGGAAUGGAGGUCCACUUGAAACUGUACAAUCAGGUGAAAGGAAAUCAUGACAUCAUAAGUGAUUCUUCAUUUAAUAUUUCCCUGUUUGAGCCCAACUGCAUCCCCAAACCUGAGUUCUUCAUGACUAAAACAUGGGUCCCAUUAAGUGUCAUCAUCCUGAUGUUGGUGGUGCUGGGUCUACUGUCCUCCAUCCUGAUGCAAUUCAAAAUCCUAGUAUCUGGGUCAUUCUACCCUGAUGUAGAGAGGGAUCGGAUACAGUAUCUGCAUGACAAGAUCCUCAGGAGAAGAUACAAACAGCCACUGAGAAAAGGAAAAAAGAAAUUGAGGCAGUUUGUUGCAGAGCUGUAUUUCUGGUUUCCGGUCCUGAAAAUGUUUUGGGAGGGCACAGCAUCCCCUGCAAAUGAAAACAAUCCUUGA